AUUCGUUAGAGCCACCGUGGUUGGAGCACUCAGCAGUAGUUCCAUUGGAGUCGUAGGUGGUAGUAGUGCGUCGCUGUUCUGUCGGAGGGCUUGCAGUGCCUUGCCAAUUCAAUCUAACUUUCCAAGAACAGCACCGGCACCAAGUUGGCAGCCGAGUUGAGGACAGCUGCAACAAAGGCAUGGAGGGCAUUAUCCCUGUCGAAAAGAGGUUGUCUGUGUUAUUGGGAAUAAAGGGAAGCGGCAUACCAGUCGUUGUACUGGAACGACUGGAACACCAAGUGGCUCGAUCCAAUAGCCAGAAGGCUCCCGCCAAUGAUCACGAAGGUGUUGACGAUGAAGAGGAGAACGACGACGAAGAAGAAGGCCGCGAAGAAGAGGGUGACAGCACUGUAAAAGGCAGAUUACAGAAGGAGUACAUCGAGGCUGGCUGCAGUGCAGAGGAGUUCUUGUUUUCUCCGACAGCAGCCAAGCUGGCGCAGCUUGGCAGUCAUCGUGCACAGAAUUUGCUUCGAGAGGUUGAAUCCACUGCAAGUGGCACUGACCUUAUUCGUAGCUAUGUAACAGCCUUCAUGAAAGUGGCAUCAGUGCUGGGCAGUGGUGAAGAAGGUGACUCAGGAAAAUUUGCCGUAAACUGCGCAGACUCGCUGCUCUCUGCUGCCUUCAGUCUAGCGGAAAAGGAGAAUCAAUUAUCAGGGCUUACUAACGAAAUCAUAGUAAACCUGGGCCUGAUUAAGGCUGAGAAGGACCAUCAGGUGAGCUGGCCGGCUUCAACAACGGAAGGUGCCAUGGUCCUACUCGCUGAGCUAAUGACAAAAGAAUACGUUGCCAGCCCUGCGCGGGAGGUUCUUCAAGCAUUCCUGUCACAACCCGGAAGCCAGUCUCCUGUUAAAUCUGAUCCAAACGACGUCCCAGCCCUGCAGCUGACGGAAGAGCCAGGGCCACAAGGAGGAGUGGUACAAGCCUCAGCAGAGCCAAGGCUAUUCUGCUUCAAAAAUGAUCACGAAGGUGUUGACGAUGAAGAGGAGAACGACGACGAAGAAGAAGGCCGCGAAGAAGAGGGUGACAGCACUGUAAAAGGCAGAUUACAGAAGGAGUACAUCGAGGCUGGCUGCAGUGCAGAGGAGUUCUUGUUUUCUCCGACAGCAGCCAAGCUGGCGCAGCUUGGCAGUCAUCGUGCACAGAAUUUGCUUCGAGAGGUUGAAUCCACUGCAAGUGGCACUGACCUUAUUCGUAGCUAUGUAACAGCCUUCAUGAAAGUGGCAUCAGUGCUGGGCAGUGGUGAAGAAGGUGACUCAGGAAAAUUUGCCGUAAACUGCGCAGACUCGCUGCUCUCUGCUGCCUUCAGUCUAGCGGAAAAGGAGAAUCAAUUAUCAGGGCUUACUAACGAAAUCAUAGUAAACCUGGGCCUGAUUAAGGCUGAGAAGGACCAUCAGGUGAGCUGGCCGGCUUCAACAACGGAAGGUGCCAUGGUCCUACUCGCUGAGCUAAUGACAAAAGAAUACGUUGCCAGCCCUGCGCGGGAGGUUCUUCAAGCAUUCCUGUCACACCCAGGAAGCCAGUCUCGUGUGAAAUCUGAUCCAAAUGACGUCCCAGCACUGCAGCUGACGGAUGAGCCAGGGCCAGAAGGAGGAGUUGUACAAGCCUCAGAAGAGCCAGGGCUGGAAGAACCAGCUUUGGAAGAAAAGCAAGAAGGAAGUGCUCAAGGAAAAGAGGCACCAGCGCAGCAGCCAGAAACUGAAAUGGAAGUGGAGGCGUUGGAGCUAGGUAAUGUUGAAUCAGUAAUGCAGCUGAAGGAAGAGGGAGGUGUGCAACUAAAGAAAAGGCGAUUGGACUGAUAAGACAAAUGUCCAGUUACGAGGCCACAUCUGCAAUCAUUUGUAGCUGUCUGUUUUUUUAAGCACUUGAAUGUUGUUUAAAUGCCUGUAUUUAAAUACAGUGCAUAAGUUGUAAGUACCUGAUAAAUAUAAUGUUACUGUGAUAUUUUUGUUUUCGUGUUACAAGCCCCAGUCAUGGAAUGGUUGACAGCAGGGCUGUGAUGUUAUGUGCAAAUAUUUUUCAUAAAAGAUAUCACCAGUGCAAUUUUUACUGCUCUACACAGUUUUAGUACCGUGUGUUCAAAUAAAGUUGUGUUAAUGUUUCAUG